GCACAUGAAAAGUAGAGGGAGAAAAAAAAAAGUGUGGCAGCGCAAUGAAUAGACAAAAGACGAGUGUAUUGUCGUUUCUUCCUCUCUCUUCUCUCAAGUAGUGCUCCACGACUCCCUUUUCUCUAAUUCAAUUUCUCCUCUCCUUUCCUACACAUAAUUUCCCUCUCUUUGCCCUUCCCUCCUUUGAUCAGUUGACUUUUCUUCUCCUUAUUAAUGGCGGAAUCGUCCAAUCCCGACGCGUCGCGGAAGCGGCGUAAAAUCGACCCGGAUUCCCGAACCCGAAUCCCCUCGGAAACGGGCCCCACCCGGUGGCGGACCCCGGCGGAGCAGCUCACCUAUUCGUCCAAGCUCGUCGACGCCCUCCGCAGCCCCGAUUCCGCCUCCGCCCGCGCCGUCCGCGACGCCGCCGACCGAGUCCUCGCCGUCUCCGCCCGGGGCAAGACGCGGUGGAGCAGAGCCAUCCUCGCCAACCGCCUCAGCCUCCGCCUCGCCCGCAUCAACAGGAAGCACAGAAAGGCGCCCAAGCCCCCCGCCGCCGGGAAAUCCCGCGCGGCGCCGCGGAAGAAACUGCCGCCUGUGCAGAAGAAAGUGAAGGUGUUGAGCCGGUUAGUGCCCGGCUGCCGGAAGGUCUCGCUGCCGAACCUUCUAGAAGAAACCACGGAUUAUAUUGCGGCUUUGGAGAUGCAAGUCAGAGCUAUGACUUUCCUCACGGGCUUACUUAAUGGCGGCGGCGCCGCCUUUGCCCACUCCGGCCGGAACGUUGGUUCGUCUUAGUUGUUUCUUUUUUAUUUAUUUUUGGGGUUAAAUUUUGUUAAUAAUUAAGGUUUGAUAUAUUCAUGUAGUAAUAUUUUUACAUCUGUGUAAAGUGCCUGCAUACCCAAUCUGUUUUUUGUUCUUGAUAGUAUUUCUUUGACUUCAAAUUAGAAUUAUUUAUUCA